UUGUUGACUUUUUGAUUUUAUUCUCAUCGCGAAUUUUAGCAAUUUAUUUGUGUUUGGAGUAAAUCGCCGAAAAAUGCAAUUAAAGUAGAGUGUGUGACCGAUAAAAAAGGACAAAGACCAAAGCAAAUUAAACAAAAAUUGGAAUUCCAGUUUGCAGCAGUUCUCAAUGUAAACUCUAGGCAAGCACACUCUAGCCUCUAGCAACGAUGUCCGUGAAGUCACAACGAAAGGCCGUAUCUACAAACGCAAAUGCGUUAGGUGAAGGAGCUUCCCAUGAAAAACCCAAUUAUGGCCUAACCACGAGAGUUGCACUAGCUCGUCUGCAUGAUGAUAUAGAAAAGUUGUUGCGGGAACAUGAAGCCACCUAUGCCAAGGAGAGCUUCUAUCGCAAACUGCGUUCGGCAUUCGUCAAACCCAGCGACACACCAUUAGGAUGGCCUGCAAUCACAGCAACUCUAUUCACUAUGAUUGCGCUACUAAUCGCCGACGCAUAUCUGGCUGCGAUCUGUGUUGCGGCUAUCUUAUCAUUGGAUUUGUGCGUGGUGGUGCGCGAGAACAAUUUACGUCGUACCGAAAUCUACCGCAAGACACGCCAGGCACUCGCCGAUAUAAGACUCGCUGAACGUGAUCUAUGCGGCGAGUGGCAACCAUGCAAUUAUCCGCAUAUUUGUUGUCCAAUUUCGCCUUGCGUGUCGCUGCAGUGGACAUAUCGCGAUGGUAAUAUUGUAAAUCUGCCGUGGGCCCUACUAGUACGGGGCGAUCACAUCGUGCUACGGCCGGGACAUAUAACACCCGGCCCAUGUGCGGAGGUGAAUGGCAAGCGCACAUUUGAAAUGCAUGAAAUCUAUGGUCCAACACAAGUUAAUGAUCCUCCAGUGCGCCCAUUGGCGCGAGCACCAUUGCCUGAUUUAGUAUGUAGCUUGCAGACCACGCCCUUUCUGGAUAACUUACGUGUUAUUUUAGAGAACUCUUUGAAACGACCAUCAACAAUUUACAAUCAGCAGCGCUAUUUGCUGGUGACGAAGUACAUCCAACAAUGGGGAUUCAUAUGUGCCCUGUGUCUGACACUUUUCGCCGGUCUAUUGCGCAUAAAUGGUUUAAGCAGUUCGCCUAGUGCGGGUAGGCAUCCCGAUGAGCAACAUUACUGGAAAUACGUUUUCCUAGAGACACCCGCAGCCGCCGUGAUACCACUACUUCCACUCAUCUUCCCCAUCAUGUGGAUAUCAAUGAAUUUGUGGGGGGUCGCAAGAUUGCAGUGCUUUCUCAGAAUACCACAAGUUCUUAUCACCAAAGACUCCGAAAAAUCAUUCGAAGAAGAUUUGGACAGUCCAACCUUUGACUAUGAUAACAUUUCGCUGCUACGUUCAAAUGUCUUCCGCAAUUGGUGGCAACUAUGGAAUGGUGAAAGUGAGCUUCUACCGCGCUCAUCGAAUUUAGUUCAGGUUUUGGGUUCCAUCACGGCACUCUGUUGUAUAGACAAGAAAGGCAUACUUUCAUGGCCAAAUCCGACAGCCGAGAAGGUUUUCUUCUUACAUGAAACGGAAGAUGAGCGCUUGGAUGAGCGAAGUACUAGUUGUUCAACACUGAACACGGAGAGCAACCGAACAAGUCAGGCAGAAAGUAAGGAUGGUGGCAUUGUAGCCGAAGUGCUUGAUCUUACACACGAUCAGCACUGUCCUUUCCGUUUGGAAUUUGAUGAUCAUGAAUGGAAGGCGCAUAUUAAAUCGCUUAAGCCCUUAGGUCUUGCAAUACUGCUGAACACCUGUUCACCAUUGACACAUGCACAUUACGCACAAUUUUGUGGGCAUGUGACCGCUGUGGCGAUGCUGGAUAAAGAUUUAGUGCCUGUCACAAAUCGGUAUGCCAUCGUUGACUCCAGUUUGACUAGCUUUUUGCAUGGACGUUGCCUCUGCGAAUUGGCCAAACAAAUCGGUUUUACCGAUCAUGCCACAGAUCGUUUUGCACUCGAAGGCCAACUGGCUUCCUAUAGACACUUGCAACCGGAGGUGGUUCGUCGUGACAUUCGUUUUGCGCGCCAACUUCAACUCUCAUCCAAAGUGAAGGUACCCUUUCCUCAUUCCUUGUCGGUGGUGAUGCGCGAAACCCCCGGUGGCUAUUUAUCGCUCUUCACCCAAGGAACCGCCGACAUUAUAAUGGAUUUCUGCGAUGAUUUCUGGGAUGGCAAAGACUUGCGUCCGCUAUCGCCGCAGGACCGCAAGAAGGCGCUCGAUUUCUAUCAACGCAGUGCGCUCACCGCCUACUGCACGGCCUUCUCAUAUCGCCCACUUCGCCAUGGCAUAAAUGGCGCGCUAAGCGGCGCAAAACAUACUGGCGGUCCAAUUGCCUAUCUGGAGUUACCUCCCGAAUCAAAGAUACGUAUGCGGCAUGUAGAUCGUGCACACUGUGACUUCGAAAGUGGACAUAGCCAUGUGAAGUUAAGCCAUAGCAUCAGCACCGAUUCGCUGCUGUUCUCUGAAAGCAAAGACGACGACAUUAAUGAUGUGGAUGGUUGCUUUGAGAUGCAGUGCCAUCAGGUGUUCAUCGGUAUGGUGACUAUGCAGUACCAAGCGCAGACGGAUAUAGUGCAAUUGGUAGAGCGCUUGGAACGCGCUUGCAUACGUUUCGUACACUUCAGCAAGGAAAAUGAGUUGCGUUCGCGUGUGUUUUCGGAGAAAAUGGGUCUGGAAUCGGGUUGGAAUUGUCAUAUAUCGCUAUUGAAUGAGGCAGACGACAAGGCGUCGACAAAUACUGGCGCGGCCGCAAACAGCAGCGCGGAGAAGGCUAACACUAGUGGUACGUCAGCGGCUGGGCAAACGCCCACGCGAUCUGGUAACAAAGAAGCGCAUGUUACUAUUGCGAAUAAUAUCAACAACAUUGUCGAGUCCGCUCAUGAUCACUCAACAGCCAUAAGCACCAUCAAAAACAAGAACAACACUGCCACAAGCACCAAUUCGACCACCACUGCCAUCAGUAGUAGUAAACCUUCAUUGCCUCAUAAAGUUGAAAACAUAAAUCAGUGCAAUAGCAUGCACCACAACACCACCAUCAUCAACAACCAAAACAACAACAAAAAUAGUAGUAGUAUUAGUAGCACGCAUCACACUCAUCAAAUGCACCUAAAUACAUCGAAUAUUGCAGGAGGUACAACCGGCGCUGACAAUGAUGCCGAUGACGAAGGCAGCGAUUUGCAUCGCCUACUGCCGCCCGCCAAUCUCGAGUCUUCCAAAGCGCUUAGUUCAUCAGCGCCUGGCGCAAUCUCUAAUCCGGGCGACUACAAUGCGGUACAGCUUAGUUCAUCGCCGCCGUCGCGUCGCAGCAGCGCCAGCUGUGGGGACGGUAACGGAAAAGUGGAAUCUCUACACCUGGUUGGAGACGGCGACGAAGGUAAUGCUAUAAAAGCUGCAGCUGAAGCUGAUGCCGAGGAGCAGCGCCAGUCAGAGGACUCUGCAAUGGAUGAGAACUGCCGCUCUAUGAGCAUCAUUACGGAAAGCACGGAACAGAGCGCACCUGUGCACUUUGAUAUGUCGAAUCGUGCGAAACUGCCGCGUGGUAUCGAGAAUAUACGGCCGCAUUUAGAGCAAGUGGAUAACGUGCCGCUACAAGUAUCGCUUUUCACCGACUGUUCACCUGAAGCGACGCGUCAAAUGCUUGACAUCAUGCAAUCGUAUGGCGAAAUUGUCGUCUGUCUCGGCUCUUCGGCCAGCAACUCAAACGCAAAGAUCUUCUUGCAGGCCGACUGCAGCAUUGCGGUUGAACCGCUGUACCCACAAGUUUGCCAAGAUAUUCCCGCAUACACGGAGGGCAACCUAACCAACAACAAAUUGCGCUUGUUACGCUUGAAAAAAGACCUCAAUGGCGAAGAGAAGUAUGGCAGUCAUGAGCCUUACACCACCGAAGAGCUGCUCGAGAGCGGCUUCUAUGGCAAUGACGAGCCGCAAAUGCGUCCAAUGCAAUCCACGGGCAAUACUGUGUCGCCUGUUUAUCUAAGCAGACUACUCAACUCCUUGCCAUGUUCCAUAUCGGUGUGCCGCGAUGAACCUUUGUCACUGGUAGCCAUUAUCGAGCUAUCGCGUCGCUUCUCUUCAGGACUCUGGAAUUGCAUACAGUACUGGGCUUGCUGUGCUGGUGCGCUUUCGGUGAUUAACAUUUUGAGUGCUUGCCUUUCCUUGCCGCCGCUGCUGACGCCACUCAUGGUUAUCUAUUUGAUGAGCAUACCGGUGCCGUUAAUAGCUCUCGCUCUAGCGCACAUCGAUGUCGAUCCAAAGAUUAUGAAUCGUGCAACGGGCAAGAAGCAAACUGAAUAUGAUACACGCGUAUUUGGUUUUGUGGUUUGGUGUUAUGGCUGCAAGUUCAUUGCGCCCAUUUUGGUGUUGAUUUUAGCCUAUUGUACAUUUAUGGCACAUCCCAUCGAACUCAUGGACAUUGACGAAGAGAAAUUUCAUAUAAAUUUGCAUAUCGCGCGCAUUUUCUCAUUUCUUGGCAUUUUAGUACAUUUUGUGAUGAUUUCUGCCAGCUUCGUGCAUCGCGAUCACUCGCUGUGGCAACGCAAUCCGUUCCGCAAUAGCAUUUGGUUCUUCACCUGCAGCUGCACACUACUUCUGCAUGUCGUUGUUUGUGCAGUGCAGAUUUUCCUGCACGACACCUACUUCAAAGAGGCAUGUGGCAUGUGGCCGGCAAUAGUUUUUCUCUACUGUGGAAGUUUGAUAAGUCUGACUAUCACAGAAAUAUGCAAGUGGCAGGAAAUUAAGGUAAACACGCGUUAUCAACGGCGUGCAAGACUAGACUUUGGCACCAAGUUGGGCAUGAAUUCACCAUUUUAAAAAGCGACUGAACAAAAGCGAUGAGUAUUCAACAAUCUAAAGAGACUAAUUUCGACAUCAAAGAAAUAAAAAACAAAACGAUGCAAGGACGAUGCAUUAAAAAGACCAUAAACUAUUAUUAUAAAAACUACUUAAAGAACACAUUAAAAAAAAACAAAGAUAAGCAAUUCAAGACGUAGUGCCAAGGCUGCGGCUAAACUAAAUAAUAACGAAAUUAUGGAAUCACAAAAUAAAUAAAAAAAUCAAACUUA